CGAUAUUAUGAUGUCAUAGGACAAUCGAACUUUCGUCAGACAAAAACGCUUCACUUUCACAUCAAUCAUACCCAGGCACUCCAGUACCUCCACAUCCAUCGAAAUGUCUACCACUCCUACCGCCAACACUCUGCUUCCACCGGCUGUUCGCGUUGCGAAGCUGCUCGGUGUCGUCGGGUCCGCUUAUGCUGCCGGUGCUUACCUCACGAUAAGCGCACACACGCUGCCAUCUCUCUCCACGUCUUCGGCACGAGACCUGGCAUUGACCCUGUCAACGCUCCGUGAACGUCUCUCCAAGCCCCUGCUCUUCGUCACUUCCGCUUCAUCGAGUGCGUUCGCGUUCAUCGCCUACUACCUCUACUCAACACCCUCCCUCACCAUCCCGGUGACAUCAGUCCAGUUCCACGCCGACUCAUUCCUUCCCCACGCUGAUCUGACGGCGGUGGUGGUCGGCGGAGGGUGGGAGGUGUAUGCGGUUGCAGCAGGAGUGUUGGCAGCCGUGGUGCCUUGGCAGAUGUUGGGCGUGAACCAGGUUGAGAAGAGGAUUGCGGCUGCGGGUGAGGGUGUUGCUGCGGCGGAGGACAAGGGGCUGCAGACGGAAGUGGUGGAUGCAGAGAGCAUGAAUGCUGAGAGUCAGAAGUGGGCUAGAGGGUGGGGCGUCAAUGGGCUACUCGCCGCUGCUGGUGCGGUGGUUGGAGCGUACGCAGGUGCUUGGUUGUAGAAGGUGUGUGCGCCUGCUUAGUGUUUGACCAUGCGAGGGUGGUGAGCGAAAUGUUUUUUUCUUUUUUGUGCAGAUGGACGGGAUCAAUGAAUGAAAGACUCAAUAAGAAAUUGCCCGGUGUGGAUCUCCCCAGUCAACGACGAUCAGUGACCAGAGUAUGCAGUGGCUUGGGGUGCAAAGGAAGCAGACCACGUGU